AUGUCUUCCUGCAGCCAAGUGGCCGUGGUGACCGGGAGUAAAAAGGGGAUCUGCUUGGUCAUCGUGCGCGAUCUGUGCAAGAAAUUCCCCGGGGACGUGAUUCUCACCGCCAGGAAUCCGACCCUGGGCCAGGAGGCGGUGAAGGAUCUGAAGGAGGAGGGACUGAACCCUGAUAUCAUUGACCUGCAGAGCAUUCGGAGCCUGCGGGAAUUUCUCAAGGAGCGGUACGGGGGCGUGGAUGUGCUGGUCAACAAUGCUGGAAUACUCUUCAAAGCUGGUGAUACUACGCCCUUUCCUAUUCAAUCUGAGGUGACACUACAAACCAACUUUUUUGGCACCAGAACUGUAUGCCGAUUAUUGCCUCUGAUAAAACCCCAAGGUAUAGUGGUGAAUGUCUCUAGCUUCCAGAGUUUAAAUUCUCUUAAAAACUGCAGCCCUGAACUACAGCAGAAGUUUCUGAGUGACACAAACACAGAGGAAGGGUUGGUGGGGCUCAUGAACAAGUUUGUGGAAGAUGCAAAGAAGGGAGUGCGUGAGAAGGAAGGCUGGCCUAACACUGCUUACGGAGUGUCCAAGAUUGGAGUCACUGUCUUGUCAAGAAUCCAAGCCAGGCAACUGAAUAAGCAGAGGAAAGGUGAUAAUAUUCUUCUGAAUGCCUGCUGCCCAGGAUGGGUGAGAUCUAAUAUGGUGGGGCACAAGGCUCACAAAAGUACAGAUGAAGGAGCUGAAACCCCAGUUUAUUUGGCUCUUUUACCUCCAAAUGUUACAGAACCUCAUGGCCAGUUUGUAUCAGAGAAACAGGUUGAAAAAUGGGAAGCUUAAUUUGUGAAUCCGUUCUAGUAAUACUUAAGUUAUCACACAUCUUGGAUUUCAAAAAAUGCAUUUAGAAAGAAAUAAAAAUUAAAGUACAUUUUGUGCCUUUACUAAUUGUCACAGCUAAUUCCUAUAAAGUGUUCACUUUAAGUUGCUAGCCAGUCAUUUCACAUAAGUGAGAGAUUUUGUAAUGACUGAAUAUUUGCAAAGGAGGAAAAAUAUGCAAA